GUGCGAACUAGCGCUAUACGGGACCAAAACUCCCUUAAUCAUAUCCGGUAGUCAGGUUUCCACGUGCUCCUGGGGACUACCAUCCCUGCCUGCUAUCUCCUACCCUUGAUUGAUGAUUCAAUGUUAUGUUGUUUCCUUCAUUUAACUCCUCCUUUGACCAUCUUUCCCCCUCUUUCUUCCAUUGAAAGUCAAUCUCACACCACAUGUAUUACUGUAUAAAUCAAGAAAAAUCGGUAAUUGCUUCGUGUACACCAAGUGUUUGUCAUUAGGUGUCUGUGAAAGUACCCCUGCUGUGGUAUUUUGGAAGAAGAAAUAUGGUGAUGGAAGGGAUUCAGGAAGACAUGGGUGAUGGUAGCAGCAUGCAGUGCACCAACCAUCCAUACAAGAACAUCAGCAGCCCAGGAGGGAUUUGCGCUCUCUGUCUCCAGGAAAAGCUUGGGAAGUUGGUUUCUUCCUCUUUCCCUUCAUCCAUUUUCCCAUCUUCUUCUUCUUCAUCAACCCCUUCUUUUAGAUCUGAUCUUGGUGGACCAGGAAUUGCCACCAGUGCCCCUACUUCUUCUAUGCAUGGCCACAAGGCCAGUGAGUGUAGCUACAACCACCACCCUCAUCAGUUUGCCUCCAUCAGAAAACCAAGACUGCCCUUCCAAAGGAGGAAGAAGAAGAGUACUAGUAGUAGCAGUAGUGAUGCUUCUGCUAUUGUGUUCAAGAGAAGCAAAUCCACUGCCACUCCAAGAAACAGGUUAGGUUUUUUGGAAACUGACAAGAACGGUGAAGAUAACAGCCCCAGGAAAAGGGGUUUCUGGUCAUUUCUCUACUACCCAUCAUCAACAUCCAAGAAAUUUGAGAAGACUAGUGUCAAAGAUGCAAGCUUUUCCUCCCCAUCUGCAUCUGUGAGUGGUUCAGUGGGGGUUAGAGAGAAGAAACGAGACAGCUUCGUAGUGGUGGAGGAGAAUGAGGAGAGUUCCGAUCAGACUGCCCCCGCCCAACAUGAUAGAAAAGUGUCCAGGUCCAGAUCUGUUGGGUGUGGAAGCAGAAGCUUUUCAGGGGACUUCUUUGAGAGAAUCUCAACUGGUUUUGGGGAUUGCACACUAAGAAGGGUUGAAUCUCAGAGAGAAGGAAAGCCCAAAAUCCAAUCUGUCCAUCACAGGAACAGCGUGGCUUCUUCAGGGCAAGACUGCAUCAGGGAAAGAGUGAAAUGUGGAGGAAUCUUUAGUGGGUUCAUGAUGAUAUCUGCUUCUUCAUCUUCAUCAUCAGAUUGGGUUUCUUCGGAAGAGAAUGGGAAUGGGAAUGGGAAACCAACACCAUCUUCAUCUGCAGUUCAUCAUCAUCAGCUAGCUCAUGGCAGGAUCAAGACUUGGGGAUGGGCACUUGCUAGUCCAAUGAGAGCUUUCAGUAAGACAUCCUCUGGGAAAACAGAUGCUUCUAACAAAAAUCCAUCUCCCAACCUGGAUUCCAUUCCUUCUUUGUUGACUGUCAGAAGCUAGGAGAAAGGCAUGAAAUUCUCCACGGAGUAAAUCAGCUACUAAUAAUAAUAGUAAUAAUAAUACUGAUGCUGCUAUAGAUACAUUAAGUUAAUUGUCAUCUUUAAAAUGUGUUCAUUAUCUCUAAGUUGAUGCAUGUUAGUCUUGAUAGCCGUUGUUGGAUUUAAUUCAUGGAAUUCAUGUUAGUUUCCCAUCAUAACUACACGAUUCUCAGAUGGGUAGGCAUGGUUUUCUAAACCGGCCAUGUGAUUUGCUCAAAAACAGACAUUAUGGAUGAGAAUAAUUGUCUUCAUUUUCUUGUCACCAUGAUAUUGUUAGUUUAGCUUUGAAAUAUUUGUGGAUGGGUAUCUUCCUCGUUUCUUCUUUAUUGUAUGAACCUAAGAAGUUUCGUGGAUGCAUUAUUGAG